CCAGCGCAGGAACCGACGGCCCUCGUGCCGCCUGCCCCCCCCGUUCGUCGGCUCGCCUCGGCAUAUUCGCCCGUGCGCCAGCCACUGCGCGGCCGCCGCCUGGCGCCCGCGCGAUAUUUCCCUGGCCCUCCUCGCCGCCCGCCCGCCUUCUACUCGUACCUGAGCGAGCGAGCCUCCACUCCACCCGACCUGCAGUCCGCCACUCCCGCGGUCCCGCCACCCCGCUUCGCCUUCCUCCCGCGGCUGUAGCGAGCGCAAGGUCACCACUGAAUGGCUGCAGCAAUGGGUUCAAUAUCUGCCUAUGGUUCUUACCAAACAAAUAGGCCCAGUGCACUGAAGCAGACACCUCACAUGCAAUUCCAACAAUGUUGUAGAGGUGGAGUUAGGUUCGUAAGCAAUCAUUCCCAAUCCGUGCGAAGUAAGACACGGCUGUCCAAAAGAAGAGCCACAAAUAAUGGAAUUCGUCCAAAGACUACCAGGUCUCAGGCACCUAUUGUAUGUUCCACUGGAAUGACCAUAAUUUUUGUUGCAACUGAAGUACACCCAUGGUGCAAAACUGGUGGCCUCGGUGAUGUUGUAGGAGGACUGCCCCCAGCUCUGGCUGCCAUGGGACACCGGGUCAUGACGAUAGCUCCUCGCUAUGAUCAAUACAAGGAUGCAUGGGAUACAAAUGUCCUUGUUGAGGUAAAUGUUGGUGACACAGUAGAAACUGUUCGCUUCUUCCACUGCUACAAAAGAGGAGUUGAUCGUAUUUUUGUUGAUCACCCUAUGUUUCUUGAAAAGGUAUGGGGCAAGACUGGUGCAAAAUUGUAUGGUCCUACUACUGGAAGUGAUUAUAGAGAUAACCAGUUGAGGUUCUGCCUUUUGUGCCUUGCUGCUUUGGAGGCUCCAAGAGUUCUCAAUCUCAGCAAUUCUGAAUACUUUUCUGGACCUUAUGGUGAAGAUGUUGUCUUCGUAGCGAAUGAUUGGCACACUGCAGUUCUGCCCUGCUAUCUGAAGAGCAUGUAUAAGCCAAAUGGAAUUUAUGCGAAUGCUAAGGUUGCUUUCUGCAUUCACAACAUUGCCUAUCAAGGUAGAUUUGCCAGAGCAGACUUCGAAGUUCUUAAUCUACCUGACAGUUUCUUGCCUUCAUUUGAUUUUAUUGAUGGACAUGUUAAGCCUGUACUAGGGAGAAAGAUUAACUGGAUGAAGGCAGGGAUUGUUGAGAGUGAUCUGGUUCUAACAGUUAGUCCACAUUAUGUCAAGGAACUCACUUCUGGCCCAGACAAAGGUGUUGAGUUGGAUGGUGUCCUUCGCACAAAGCCCCUCGAAACUGGAAUUGUAAAUGGCAUGGAUGUUUAUGAAUGGGAUCCUUCAACAGAUAAGUACAUCAGUGUGAAAUAUGAUGCAACAACGGUAACUGAAGCAAGGGCUCUCAAUAAAGAAAGGUUGCAAGCUGAAGUUGGAUUGCCUGUGGACUCCAACAUCCCUGUUAUAGUUUUUGUUGGCCGUCUUGAAGAACAGAAAGGAUCAGACAUACUUAUUUCAGCCAUUCCGGAAUUCGUGGGCGAGAAUGUUCAGAUAAUUGUUCUUGGUACAGGGAAGAAGAAAAUGGAGGAGGAAUUGACGCUGCUAGAAGUGAAAUAUCCAAACAAUGCCAGAGGCAUAGCGAAAUUCAACGUCCCAUUAGCACAUAUGAUGUUUGCUGGGGCUGACUUCAUCAUUGUCCCAAGUAGGUUUGAGCCCUGUGGUCUCAUUCAGUUGCAAGGGAUGAGAUAUGGAGUGAUCCCCAUCUGUUCAUCAACUGGAGGACUUGUAGACACGGUUAAGGAGGGUGUCACCGGAUUCCACAUGGGUCCCUUCAAUGUCGAGUGUGAAACUGUCGAUACAGCUGACGUCGCAGCAGUGGCAUCAACUGUCACACGCGCUCUGGAACAGUACGCCACCCCGGUGUUCCAUGAGAUGAUUCAGAACUGCAUGGUGCAGGACCUGUCCUGGAAGGGGCCUGCGAAGAAGUGGGAGGAGGUGCUUCUUGGCCUCGGGGUCGAGGGAAGUGAGGCGGGCAUCGAGGGCGAGGAGAUCGCCCCUCUUGCCAAGGAAAAUGUGGCCACUCCCUGAAGCCUCACGUGCCUGUGAAAUAUGCCUUAAGCAUUAUGACAUGUUGAGCCAGUCACAGGCAUAGGUUAAAAUUUCUUAGCCUUCCAUGACAUGUUGAGCCAGUCACAGGCAAAGCCACUAGUUUCACGCCUCUACGUCAUGUGUAAUAUAAUGCUUGAUAUUCUAAAGAAGGCGUGCCUGGUUUGGUUCAUGCGCCACGUUAGCUGGAUGUUUCGACCUACUUCUCGAGUUCAAUCGCCAAGUUUGGAGCAA